GAUUAAUUAUUAUUUAUGUCAAAAAGCAAAUUAACUUUAUAUACGAACGUCUUCUCUCCUUAUUCGAGAACUGUUAUGAACAUCCUCGCCUUGCUAGAGAUAGAGCAUGAGGAGUAUGUCAUCGAUCUGCUGAAUGGAGAGCAGACCUCAGAGUGGUAUAAGAAGAUCAACCCUAAGAUGAAGAUCCCGGCGAUUAAGGAUGGGGAUCAUUGAAUGGGAGAGUCAAUUGACAUUUGUAAGUAUCUUGUGGAGACCAGGAAGCUGAAGACUCCUGCCUGGCCUGUGGACAAUCAGAAGUAAAUUAACAAACAAUGAAAUGGAUUAAUUAAAAUAAAGAAUAGCUGCACAGGAACGUAUUUGAAAGAAAUCUACUAAAGCCUCUAAUUAAAUCAGUUAAUAAAACUAAGAAACUGUCUCUUAUUGGAUGUCUUUUACAGAGUGUAUGAUAAAUUAGAAACUACUCUUAAGCAAAGAAGGACUCAGUUCUUCAACUCUGACGACCAUCCUGGGCUCCAAGACUACCAAUGCUACAAUUUGUUCAGACAAGUGAUUGACAUAGGCUUGGCUAAGCUCGACAAGCACCCUCUUCUUCAGCAGUGGGUGACUGCUUGUGGUAAAGUCCCAAGCAUCGCAGCUGUGAACGUGAAGCUGAACAAGGAAAUGAAGAAAGUGAAGUUUUUAAUGAAGUGGGUGUUGCCUAUAAUGAGAUGCCUCACUUGUAAAUGUUGUUGCUAAGCCAUUUAAGACACUUAAGU